AAGACAUCAUUGCGCCUCAACGUCAAGUGUGGAAACCUGAUAUUACCAUCUACAAUAACAUCCACGAUUCUUACCUUGGGGAAAGUAAUAUAAAUGUAGCUAUCAACCAUAAGGGCAGAGUGCUUUGGGAGCCGCCCAUAAAUCUUGAAGUGUCUUGUGCUGUGGAUGUAUCUAAGUAUCCAUUUGACGAGAACACGUGCGUUGUUAAAGUCAUUUCGUGGAUGCAUGACGUGUCCGCCAUAAAUAUAACGACCGGCCCAGAACCUAUCAAUUUGGAAAGGUUUAUUCCCAACAAGGUGUUCAAAGUUAGGUCCAGUGGAGUCGAGUGCAGAUAUUCACGCCACUUCCAAAAAUACUACAAGUACAUGCUCUUCAAGAUAACGCUCACUAGAAGGCCUUUGUAUCUUGUUAUAACGGUACUACUACCGAUCAUGCUGUUGGCUAUCUUGAGUAUCCUGUCUUUCGUAAUAUCUCCGGAUGAGAAGGACAAACUCUCUGUCGCCUUCACCAUACUGGUCGCCUUCACUGUGUUUCUCAGCAUUAUCAAUAAAGAACUGCCCAAAGACUCGUUAAAGAUGUCGCUGUUGGUUGUGUACAUCUCGCUUCUAAUAAUAGUUGCGAUAUUUGCUGUCGCGGGGAAUUGUUUGGUUAUUGUCAUGCACGAAAUUGACAAGACAAAACUCAAAUCCGUCUCCGUGGACACCUUGGAUGGUAGUAAUGCAGUUACGACUGAUAAAUGGUGGAAAGUCCUAAAAUCAAGAAGUAGAGCCUCGGGACUCAAUUUAUUGUUCCUGAUAUUUAAUGUCAUAUUCUUUGUCGUCAUCACAACUGUUGUUUCAUGCUUUAUGGUUUUUUAAAUUAAUUAUUAAUUUAAUAAGAUAUACAUUUCUGUCGUUAUCACAUCUGUUGUCUCGUGGUUUCUUGAUUUAAUUAUUUUAGUGAAUUAUACAUGUCUGUCGUCAUCACAUCUGUCGUCUCAUGCU